AUGGAGGUCGACACUGCCACUGAUGAUUCUGCUUCUCAAGCAUCGAACACAUCGGCCUCCUCCAUGGCCAUACAAUAUUCUGUUGAUGAGCUACAAGAAAAUGGUACAGCGUUUUCUGAUCCAAAUGCUGAAGCUGAUAAAUUGGGAAAUAUGUCGUGGUUCAAGAAGAAGUUCCCAUCUGUCAAGACAGAUGUAGCAAAGACGGAAAACACAGCUGUGCAUCUACCAGCUAAUGUUCCACCUAGCAUAGCUAAGCAAAAAUGCCUCAAGCAGUCUCUCGAAAAGAAGUUAGCUGAGAGAAGAAGGAUCGGGCUUGCAAAACGCAAGGAAUUGUAUAUGGAGGACAACGAGGGGCUUAUUGAAGACGAGGAGGAAGAGGAAAUUGAUGAUGGCAACGAUGCACAGUCGUCACAGAAAAAGAAGAAGGAAGAAGAACCAGAGGACAGCGAUGAUGACUACAGUGCUGAUGACGAGGAAGAAGGAAAGGAAACUGACACAGAAAGCUCACAAAACAGUGAAAUGGUUGAUGAAGAUGAAGAACAAAAGAAAAGCGGAGCCGUCGACGACUUGCCGGAAUCGGUUGACUUAUUCGAUGGUGUAUCUGUAGCGGGUAGCACUGUGAAGGACAGUCAAAGGCUCCAUGAUGAUGAACCGAUUUCUUCUCAUCAUCGUUCGCAUAUCAACGACAAGGUCCAGUGUCUGUCUGGACAGCCACUUCAUCCAGUAGAU